AAUGUGGGAACUCGACACAUUUGCACCUGGGGUGUUUCGAGACAACCAUGCAUCGUGCAGUACUGUUGCUACUUUGUGCUUGUUGCACUGCUGUUUCAGCGAAGCCAAACAUAAUUUUCAUCUUCGCCGAUGAUUACGGGUACCAUGAUGUCGGGUACCACAACUCGGACAUUAAAACACCAGUCCUUGACCAGUUGGCGGCAGCUGGAGUGAAGCUCGAAAACUACUAUGUCCAGCCGAUCUGCACCCCCUCACGGGCACAGUUCAUGUCAGGGAGGUACCAGAUUCAUACUGGUUUACAACAUGGCAUCAUCUGGGAAACCCAGCCCAAUGCUCUGCCGCUAGGUAGCGCCACAAUUGCAGACAAGAUCAAACACGCAGGCUAUUCAACCUAUGCUGUCGGCAAAUGGCAUCUGGGUUUCUACAAGAAUGCAUACAUCCCUAACAACAGGGGAUUUGAUUCAUUCUAUGGCUACCUGUCAGGCAGUGAGAACUACUACACCCACAACCAUUGUGACAACCACGUUGCUAAUACCUCAUAUUGUGGACACGACUUACGUGACAAUACAAAGCCAGUGUUCACCGAGAAUGGUCACUAUUCAACGCAUCUGUUUACGGAGAAGGCAAUUGAUAUCAUCAACAAGCAUGACAAGUCGAAGCCAUUCUUCCUGUACCUGGCGUAUCAAUCUACACACUCCCCCCUCCAGGUACCCAGCCAAUACAUGAAUCAGUACAGCCACAUCAAGGACAUAAGCAGGCGCACCUUUGCGG